CAUGACAUGCACAAAGGAGAAAGCAGUGAAGCAGGUGCAUCCGUGUUUGCCGUAAAGAAUAAGAUGGAGGUCAAAGCGCUCGUGUGCUCACAUUUUGGGAAAAAAGGACAUGAUAUUGAGGCGUGCUACAAGCUGAUUGGGUACCCAGAGGGAUGGGUGUACCGCAAUCAGGCCGGAGGAGGAAGAGGAAACGACCAGGGAAGGGGUCGUGGUGCUGUACGAGGUGGCGAACGGUCGAUCGUGGCAGCUGGACGGUCGACCGUUACAGGCAGACGAGGGGAAGUCCAUGCAGUUCAAGGAGAAGAAAAAGGACCAUCCCCGCUCCCGAAUUUUGAGGAUCUAACACCUGAACAGUGGAACGCUGUUCGUCAUGCACUCUCGCUCUCCCCUACAGAUAACUCACAGAAACUCUCAGGUGAAAUGUUGAAUGAAGAUGGAGCAAGUGUUUCUUCUCUAGUUGAUCACUUCGGCGAUGAAGAUGACAUGACUGCGGAAGAGCAGCUGAACCGUUCCAUGAGGAACGGUCAACCGGAGGAGACCAGUGAAGCAAGUGAGCUACAGACGGUAGACCUGGUGGACCGUCCCGCUGUCCACGGUCGACCGUCCGAGAGGCAGAAAGAUGGACCUCUGGGAGUGCAACCAACGGUCGACGUGGUGGACCGUUCUGAUAACCACGGUCGACCGUCCGAAGGGCAGAAAGAUAUCCUCCAGAGGGAUGAUGAAACGGUCGACCGUGACGAGGAGAACGGUCGACCGUCUCUGUAGUAGAAAGAAGACGCUCAGGAACCAUUAUAGACGGUCGACCCCGUGGACCGUUCCACGGAUGGCGGUCGACCGUCCUCUCUCCAAAACACAACAGAGACCUUGGGGCGUGGUCAGCGGGAAAGGCGCCCAAAUGUGAGGCUUGCGGACUAUGUUACGCAUGU